AGCCUCUGGAACUCUCAGGGGGGCGGUUUCUCGAGCUGCGGGUCCGGUUACACGUGUCGGACUACUACAGGGCAGCUGAAGAAAUCCGCUGGUGUUGUCGUUGUUGCGACGGCGACGGGCCGAACGGGACUCGGACGGAAGGUGACGUCAAGGCGGAGAGGGAAGCCGGACGGUGGAUGCAUCCGCAGUACCACUAGCCUUCCACUAACCCGCUCUCUGAAAAGUUCCAUUACAUUACUCCUUCAUCACUCCUCUGUUUCGCACUCUCGACUUCAGGCAGCCAUGUCGAAGGAAGUGAGCGAGGAACCCCAAGCCCACCACCACGGAAAGGACUACGUAGACCCACCGCCAGCACCAUUGUUGGAUUUCGCCGAGAUCAAGCUCUGGUCUUUCUACAGGGCUCUCAUAGCUGAGUUCAUCGCCACCCUCCUCUUCCUUUAUGUCACCGUCGCCACCGUGAUUGGGCACAAGAAGCAGACCGACCCGUGUGGCGGGGUUGGGCUUUUGGGCAUCGCUUGGGCUUUCGGCGGCAUGAUCUUCAUCCUUGUCUACUGCACCGCCGGUAUCUCUGGUGGGCAUAUCAACCCAGCAGUGACUUUUGGGCUGUUCCUGGCGAGGAAAGUGUCCUUGAUUCGAGCUGUGUCAUACAUGGUGGCGCAGUGCUUGGGCGCCAUCUGCGGUGUUGGGCUGGUCAAGGCUUUCAUGAAGCACCCUUACAACAGCCUUGGCGGUGGGGCUAACUCCAUUGCUCCUGGCUACAGCACAGGGACAGCUUUGGGGGCCGAGAUUAUUGGGACAUUUGUGCUUGUCUACACCGUCUUCUCCGCCACUGACCCCAAGAGAAGCGCCCGUGACUCCCACGUCCCUGUGCUGGCUCCUCUGCCUAUUGGGUUUGCAGUGUUCAUGGUUCACUUGGCCACCAUCCCCAUCACUGGAACUGGAAUCAACCCGGCUAGGAGCUUCGGCGCAGCUGUGAUCUUCAACAACGACAAGAUCUGGGAUGACCAUUGGGUGUUCUGGGUCGGACCAUUCGUGGGAGCACUUGCAGCAGCAGCAUACCACCAGUAUAUUCUGAGGGCGGCGGCCAUUAAAGCUUUGGGAUCUUUCCGCAGCAACCCUACCAACUAGAAGCGUGAAACCGAGAAAGCAACCCCCUAGCCAAGCAGAGAGCUCCCUGAACAGAGCUUCUCCUGUCUUUUCUUCUUCUCUCCCCCCCCUCCCUUGUUAAUUAUGUUUAAAAUCCGCCAUUUGUUUUUAUCGUUGGUGUGUAUGUGAGAGAGUUAGUUUCCAUGAUUGAUGGUGAAUGAUGAUGAUGUUUGUUAUCGCUACUAUUUGGGGAUGAUGGAUGGAUGUAAUGAAAUGGGUUGGAUGGAUGGAGGGACGGAUGGAUCCUCUUUUCUUUUGAAACUCCCUUUCUCUACACUUCAUAAUCUGGUUAGGGUUUUACUUUGCCUUGUUUUUUUGUAUGUGAAGAAACCUAUUUACUCUGA